GGGUGUGUGGGUGUGGGUGUGGGUGUGGGUGUGGGAUGGGUGUGGGUGGAGGUGGGUGGAGGUGGGGGUGUGGGGGUGGGUGGGUGUGGCUGUGGGUGUGUGGAUGUGGGUGUGGCUGGGUGUGGGUGUGGGGUGUGUGGGUGUGGCUGUGGGGUGUGGCUGUGGGGUGUGGCUGUGGCUGGGGGUGGGUGUGGGUGGGGAUGUGAGUCAUGAUUUAACUAACAUCCAUAUGCACACCCACACCCCCACACCCUCAGUUUGUUAUCGGAUUGGUGAUCCGAGACAAUGCAGCCGUUAUUAACUUCCCCAAGGUCAUUCUAUGACUGAUAGGGCCGAGGUUUGAACACAGUAUUUUACAGGUAUGUGUCAAUCAUCUUAACUGCUCAACCAUAGCGGGUUUCGUUAGGCACUAGCUAAUUAAUAUUGUUAUUUUUCUGAGUUUAAAUAAUUAGGGUGUGGAUGUGGGGGUGUGGGUGGGUGUGGGUGUGGGUGUGGGUGUGGGUGUGGGUGUGGGUGUAGGUGUGGGUGUGGGUGUGUGGGUGUGGGUGUGGGUUUGGGUGUGGGUGUGGGUGUGGAUGUGGGUAUGAGCGUGGGUGUGGGUGUGUGGAUGUAGGUGUGGGUGUGUGGAUGUAGGUGUGGGUGUGUGGAUCUAGGUGUGGGUGUUGGUGUGAGUGUUGGUGUGGGUGUGUGGAUGGGUGGGGGUGGAUGAUUGUCCCUUGUAAACCCUCACACCCACACCCACACGCCCAGACGCUCACACCCCACACCCACACACCCACCCUGUUAUUUUGCUCUACCAGUCGUGCGCGUAUCCGAUGAAAGGGAAUGGGUGACAUGUGGCGGUGGUGGGUAUGUCGCAUCUGGUCGACCUGAAUGGGAUAAAGUGACGUUACCAGUCUUUCCAUUGGGAUUAACAUUGAAUGAUAGUGAAGGAUCAGGUGAAGUACAAACACCAUUAAGAAUUGAUCCGGCUCGAAGAGAUGAAACAAUAAAAUCCAUCGAACAAAAUCGAGUGGUUUAUUUUCGACAUGCUAAGGCAGGCGAAUUAGCUGAACGAUUCGUCUUUUUUUUUCAUAGCAGUCGACGGACACAUUGUUGA